GUUAAUUUCUCUGUGAAAAUACAGAGAAAGCAUACUGGGCUUCUGAAAUCUGACGGUAAUAUUUUCACAUAUUACUCUAAAGGAUGAACCAUUUCCUCCAGCUUAAAAUAUUAAGCCAGCAUUGCUUCAGCUUGCUUUGCAAGGCUUAACUAUAUCUGCAGUUAUGUAAGUUUCAGUUAUGUGAUAUUUCAUGGGCAUCUAUUUAAACAUACAACUAUUAUUUUUAGUUGAAAUAUAGACUAUAUAAAGACUUAAAAGAUGUGGGAUCAAGGUGGACAACCUUGGCAGCAAUGGCCUUUGAACCAACAGCAGUGGAUGCAGUCAUUUCAGCACCAGCAAGAUCCAAGCCAGAUUGACUGGGCUGCAUUAGCUCAAGCAUGGAUUGCUCAGCGAGAAGCCUCAGGGCAACAGAGUGUAGUGGAACAACAAGGAAUGAUGCCAAACGGACAGGAUAUUUCAGGAAUAGAGUCUGGUCCAAACAACCAUAAUAAUUUUCAGGGGGAUCCCAACUUCAACAGAAUGUGGCAGCCAGAAUGGGGAAUGCCUCACCAGCCCCCUCACCCACCUCCAGAUCAGCAGUGGAUGACUCCAACCCCAGGUCAAAUGGAAAUCGUUCCUCCAUCCGAAGACAGCAACAGUCAGGACAGUGGGGAAUUUGCUCCCGACAACAGGCAUAUGUUUAACCAGAACAAUCACAACUUUGGGGGACCUCCCGAUAACUUUGCAAUGGGGCCAGUGAACCAGUUUGACUAUCAGCAUGGGGCUGCUUUUGGUCCACCUCAAGGUGGCUUUCACCCACCUUAUUGGCAGCCAGGACCACCAGGGCCACCAGGUCCACCAGCACCUUCUGCACCUCCUCAAAAUCGAAGGGAAAGACCCUCAUUCAGAGACCGACAGCGUUCACCUAUCACUAUGCCUGUGAAGCAGGAGCCUCCACAGAUUGAUGCUGUGAAGCGUAGAACUCUGCCUGCCUGGAUUCGCGAGGGCCUGGAAAAGAUGGAACGAGAAAAACAGAAAAAGCUGGAAAAAGAGAGGAUGGAGCAGCAACGUUCACAGUUGUCUAAAAAAGAAAAAAAGGAAAGUGAGGAGGCUGAAGAAGGGGAUGGCCCACGGUUACCUCAGAAAAGUAAAUUUGACAGUGAUGAGGAAGAUGAAGAUGCUGAGAACACAGAAGCCGUAAGCGUUGGGAAAACCAGCAGGAGUCCAUCCCCAGCUCCUCAAGAGGAGCAAAGCGAACCAGAAAUGACAGAAGAAGAAAAGGAGUAUCAAAUGAUGAUGCUGACAAAAAUGCUGCUGACAGAGAUUCUCCUAGAUGUCACAAAUGAAGAAAUUUACUAUGUGGCCAAAGAUGUUCACCGUAAAGCAACUAAAGCUCCUGCAAAACAGCUGGCACAGUCCAGUGCACUGGCUUCCCUCACUGGACUCGGUGGACUGGGUGGUUAUGGAUCAGGAGACAGUGAAGAUGAGAGGAGUGACAGAGGCUCUGAAUCAUCUGAUACUGAUGAUGAGGAAUUACGACACAGAAUCAGGCAAAAACAGGAAGCAUUUUGGAGAAAAGAGAGAGAACAGCAACUACUGCUAGAAAAACAGCUAGAAG